AUGGCAUUAGCAGCAACUAAAUGCUGGUUCAUUUGGAAGGAAAGAUGUCUGAGGGUCUUUGAGAAACAAGAAAGAACACCUGAACAACUUGUUACAGACAUUUCAAGACACUUUGCUUAUUGGCAUCCACAAAACUUAACUAGUGAUAGCAUUCAAAACAAGACAAAAACAACUUUACAACCUAUUUGGAAAUUUCCUACUAGAAAUAGCUUGAAAUUGAACUGUGAUGCUUCUUGGAUUUCAAAAGACACUAAUUCAGGUUUUGGUUGUAUUCUUCGCAAUCAUCUAGGAACAGGUAAAGGAGCAGCAAUGGGAGUCUUCAGAGCAUCAACAGCUGAAGAAGCAGAAGCUCUAGCUCUGCUGCACACUACCAAAUGGGCCAUUCAACACAAUAUGCAAAAUCUGGUCAUAGAGGGAGACAAUCAAGCAACCAUCAAUUAUCUGCAAGGGCAUACAAUUUCAGUUCAAUGGCAAAGCAUUGCUAUUCUAGAAGAAGUUAAAUCUGAAGCAGCAAAACUUAUCUCUUUUUUGGGUUUUACACAUGUGGACAUGAGAGCCAACAAAGUAGCUGACUUAUUAGCAAAGAAAGCUAGAAAAGAAAACAAUUCUGUCUGUUGGUUACUUUCUGCACCUUUAUUUCUAAUUCUUUCAAUUGCUUAUGACUCUGUCAAAGCACAGUCUGUCUGUAAUGAUCAAAACUCUAUUAUAGCGUUUUCUGAUGUUGUUAAUUCUGCAGAUUCAGCCACCAGAGGAACAACCAAUACUAUUGAUUCCAAAUGGGACUGA